AUAGUCACACACCAUCAGAAAACUGUCAUGGCGUCUGGAUACAUUGUAAAUCGUGGUGUGCUAACAUUUGGAAUUCACUAUCAACAUGUUUGUAGAAAUGUACUCCUUACACAUACCCGAGAGAAGAAGCGAUGGAUGAAAGCAUAUACUCUUUUGAUGGAAAGAAAGUUGAAGAUAGAAGGACCUCCACCACCUAAGCCACGUGCUCAAAAACCUAACUGGGACUACCAUGCAGAAGUCCAGGCAUUCAGCAGCCGCCUUAAAGAAAGUAUCUCCCCGGAGCUCCUGAAGACAGCCUUUGUGAACCCCUGUUACAUUCAGUCAGAGCAAGAGAGGAGGCAGGCACUCGGCGUGGACUCUGAAAUGGCUGCUCUGGUCCUGGGGGACAACAUUCAGCUGCACAGACAGGGCUUGGAGUUCACCAAGAGCUUCUUGUCUGACUGGUGCAGGGCUAGCUUCCCUAGCCUGCCCAGCAUGGGAGUGGUCGCCAUUGUCGCGCACCUGACCAGUCAUCCAGUCGUGUGCCUUGUGGCGCAGAACCUCGCCAUUGAGGACCUAACUAUGAGCGCUCAAUUCCCGGUCCCUGAUAAAGUAUUGCACAGUACGUUCCUCGCUGUGAUCGGAGCACUCCAUGAGAGCAGUGGAGCUGAGAGAGCAGGACUUUUCCUUCGGGAUUUCCUGGUCACUCAGCUGGUAGGGAAAGACCUGUUUGAGAUGUGGUCGGUGGUAAACCCAAUGGGGCUGCUGGUGGAGGAGUUGUCCAAGAGGAACAUGGCCCUCCCAGAGCCUCGCCUCACCAGGUCGGCCGGCGCCGGCACUGUGCUCCCACUCUACUUUGUAGGGCUGUACAGUGAUAAGAAGCUCCUUGCCGAGGCUCCAGGGGAGACCGUUCUGGCUGCGGAGGAGGAGGCGGCGCGCGUGGCCCUGAGGAAACUCUAUGGCUACACUGAGAACCGGAGACCCUGUGACUUCUCUGCAGCGGAGCAGCCUCAGGCUCCUGGCCUCCAAUCCUUCAGCAGCAGCUAAAGGACGUCACCCCAAGCACUACAAUGUCUUCCAUCAGUUGAUGACAGCUCUUGACACAACAGAGGGUCAAAGUCAAGUGGUUCCCUUAGCCUAUCAGGACCAAUCUCUGACAGACUCAUACCUACAGACAUAGGAAUUACCCUCCAAACUAUGUGGUCUCAUCAGCCUUGCAAUUAGAGGACUGUCCUUGGGCAAAAUAUUGUUUUUUUUGUGUAAUAGAUUAUUGAUCUAAAAGCUAAAUGUUUCAUGUCCAUAAUAAAUCUGUAUCCCUGAGCACAUCUCUUCAAAGAAAGUGUAUCAUACCAUC